AUGAAUACGAUGGAUACACUGGAUACGCAUUUUGUUUCCUCUGUGGAAAAUGCGGUACAAGAAUCAUUGCGAGAGAACAAGGCGUUAUUGGUUUAUACUACGGGCGGAGAUAAUUCGUGGUUUGAGUCGUGGUUUACACCACUUGUAGGGGAGCAGUUGAAGGAUUCGUGCGUUUGGUUACGUUUAGCUGCUGGAAGCAGGGAAAUGGGUUACUUUGAGCAAAUAUUCCCGGAUGUGAAGGUUCCUAGCGUUUAUUGUAUUGCUAAGGGACAAAUAGUGGAGAUGAUAAAUCCAGAUCAGUUGGACAUGGACGGAUUUGCUACUAGGUUGAUCCGGGCAGUUGGUAAAAGCAAGAGGAGAAUCUCUGAAACGGAUGCCGUUGAUGCAUCCAAUACCGUUGGUGCCGCUGGUGAUACCGGCGCCAGGUCCGGUAGCUGUCUGUCACAAAAUGCGAAAUUGAUGGAGUACCAAAUAAAGGCCAAGAAGCACCAGUUGACAGAACAACAGGAAAGAGAACGUAUUGUUAGAUUGAUGAAAGCGGACCGUGAAGAAAUGAAGCAACGAAGAUUAUCGUCAUCAUCUCCAAAUCAUACUAAGGAACACAUCAAUGAAGUAUUGGCUGUACCCAUUCACGAUAAUAUUAAAAACAGAGAUAUAAUAAACGCAGCAGUGUGCACCUUGCUUAUAAGAUUAACAGACGGUAAGACAUUGAAAAACGAUUUCGAUUCGUCUCAAACUUUAAACGAUGUAAGGACUUGGGUGGAUGCCAAUAGGACAGAUAAGGAUGGUCCGUACCAGUUCCAUCGAAGUAUUCCACGUGAAACUUUCACAGAAUCACAAGAAUUACUAUCUUUGAAAGCUCUGGAGCUUACUCCAAGAUCUGCAUUAAUCUUGAAGCCUUUGGAAAAGCAUACAUAUUCUCGUAAGAUUGCAGAUGUAGAAGGACCAGGUUUGCUUGGGAAAAUGUAUCAGAACGUGACGUCCUGGUGGUACGGUAAAUCAACGGUUGUUGAUCAAAAUAUUCCUGAACCUGCUGAAGCAUUAACAUCUCAAGCUUCAUCUAGAUAUGUUUCUCCCUUAUCUUCCCCUCGUCUGGUACACUCUGAUGCAUCGAUACCCUCAAGAGCUGUCUCUCCAUCUUCUAUACAUUACGGCCAUGUCUCAGACGACAACAGCAGAUAG